UUUUAUUUACUCUUUAGUUGUUAUUGUUUACAAAAUAAUCUUACCCACUAAUUUGUUAAAAUACCUUAGUCUUAACUGUUCUUGAUGAUUUACUCGUUUUUGGUAAUUGGUAAGCGAAGGCUUGCUGGUCAAGAAUUGCGAUAUUUUUGAUACAAAAAGAAUGAAUAAAGAAAAUAGAACUGCAGCUGGUCUGCGGCGUUCAGCAGUAGCGGAAAGAUUGAAAUUGAGAGAAGAGUGGUCAGCCCUGAAAGGGACUGACAAAGAAUCAAAUACAAAGAAAAAUACUAAUAUAUUGAAGAAGAAACAAGAAAAUAUCAAAGCAGCAAAGCAUACAUAUGUGACUACAGCUUGUGAUAAUCUUGGAGCUGGGACUCGGAGACUAACACGUGGUAACGCAAGCAGCAGUAGCGAGGUUCUGCGCGGUAUUGUGGCGUUAGUAGAAGUUGGAUCAAGCAGCCGUGCACUAGCGCUAAGGGCGGCACUUAGCGCGCUCGGUGCUACCGUGGUGCCAGCCUGGACACACCUCGUCACACACUUAGUGUGGUCACAUGACGGUUGCCCCAGUGUGCGUUCGCGAGCGCGUGCGCUGGCGUGCCGCGUGGUGUCGCCGCUGUGGGUGGAGGCGUGCGCCGCGAGCGCCCGCCGCCUGCCGGAGGACACAUUCCCCGCGCCCUCGCGACCCUCAGACCUACCCUCGCCACGGACCUUGAGGAUCAUGCUUAAAAAAGCUGAAAUGGAGAAUAUAAGUUUGGCAGCGUUGCUCUCAGAUAGUACGGAAGAUGACUCUAAGAAGCUGACGCUGCGGUUGUCAAGCGAUUCUGACACGUCAAACACGUCAGUCGACACGUCACAUGACGAGCGUGACACGUCACGUGACAACACUGAUAUGGAAGCGCGGGUGAACACGGCGCCGCGCCGGCCGCAGGCUGCCCGCACACCGCCGCAGCCGGUCAAGUCCAAAAGAAAGCUGUUCACACAGAAGGAGCCAGAAUUAACAAAAACCAGUGGUAUUGAAACAGAUGUGGAGCGCACGUCUGCUAAGCCGCUGACGUAUGAGCAGCGCCGGGAGUUGGCGCGCGCAAGCCGCUUAGCGCGCAAGUUACUGCGCACCACCACAGCGAACGCGCACGCGCACGCUACAGACACGCACACCUACAGAGUGGUAUUAACAGGUAUGUCCCGCGCAGAAAGACUCGAGGCUCACAACGCUAUACGAAGUCUAAACGGUCGUAUACAGAAAGAAGUUAAUAAAACAACCACACAUGUAUUAUUAGGUUCAUGUAAACAGGAUAAUGUACAAAAUUUUACACAAAAUACGAGAGCUAAAGAAAAACGGGAUAUUAUAAAUUUUAUCUACAGUCAAGUGGCGUCUAAAAAGAAUAUAUCUGGGAUCUCAGGAACUGGAGUUGGAGUUAACAAUAUGGCAAACGUUAAAAAUAUUGCGGAUGUUAACAAUAUGGCCGACGUUAGCAAUAUGGCAAACGUUAACAAUAUUGCGGACGUUAGCAAUAUGGCAAACGUUAACAAUAUUGCGGACGUUAACAAUAUUGCGGACGUUAACAUUAUUGCGGACGUUAACAAUAUUGCGGACGUUGACAUUAUUGCGGACGUUAACAAUAUUGCGGACGUUAACAAUAUUGCGGACGUUGACAUUAUUGCGGACGUUAACAAUAUUGCGGACGUUAACAAUAUUGCGGACGUUAACAAUAUGGCAAACGUUAACAAUGUUGCGGAAGUUAAUUCGCCGCUAGUUGACUAUAUGGCAGAAGUUGACAAAAUGCUGGAAGUUGACAUGGCAACAAAUGCAACACCAGUUGACAACGCAAACAAAAUUGGUAUUAUUGGAGUUAGAAAUGAUAAAUUAAGAACGGUCAACGCAUUACUGGGCGCUGCCAGAGGUUGUAGAGUUCUGUUCGCCAAAUGGGCGAAGGAUUCAUUUGAGGCCAAACGAUGGUUACAUCACUACGGUUAUGAAGUGCCGCAUUUGAGGAAAAUAGCUAUGAAAGCGCGUAUAGAAAGGCAGGCUUUAGGCAGGAUGCGUUCCGAAUACGCGUAUGACGUAUUUAACGGUAUGCGGGUGCGCGUCGCGCCUGGCGCCGAACAAACACACGCGGUUGUACAACUUCUAACGCUAUGUGGCGCUGCUGUGCAACAUGGCGGCGUUCAAAAUGGCGGGAACACACAAAAUGGCGGACCGAAUGUUCGAGAUUACGAUAUAAUUAUAGGUAAUGAAGAGAACCAAGUGAGCUCCAAAUGGGUUUUCGAUAGUAUCGCCGCGGCCAGAAUGAGGACCACGAGAAGAUAUAUUAAUAAAGUUGUUCCAGAAAGUUCUGAAUCUUUAACUCAGUAAUGUUCUGGAAUUUUCUAAAUAUAACUCCAUGACUUUCGUAUUGUCCUUGUCAUUCUCUUUGAAUAAACAGAGACACGCUAUGUACAGUCGGGGAAACUGACGGUGUUCCUAAAAUCUACAAUCGUUUGGACAUUUUGCAACUUGACGCGGAACAAAAAUUUAAUACAGCAUAUAAGCUGUAUUGUUCUUAUUAUUUAUAAAUAAUAUUUAUUUGAUAUAGUAAUAAGUUUCUUUUUUGUAUAAUCAUUAAUUACAGGAUCAAUAUCGCAUUGGCUCCUUAACUAGGAAUAAAAAUUAAAGGAAUGAGAAUUACUUGUCUUAUCUGUACAAAUGCGGUUUUUAUACUGUGCUAGUUUUUUUAUUGUCUCUGUUAACUACAGUAAAAUCUCGAUAACAUAAAAACUUCUAUAACUUCAUAAAAUAAUAUUCCCUUCCCUUCAGAGCCCAAAACCUCUAUAACAUAGACC